GAGACAGAGAGUUACCAUGGAGGCUGCUGUGUUGCGGGUUAAGCGGAAACGAGGUGCGGACCCAGCAGACGCUCUCAUUCUUAGCUGUAAAAGGAUCCGCACUGAAGACGAAACCAAAGAAUCCAGCGCAGUGACAACACAAGUAUUCAGGCUCGCCGCCACAGUGAAAUCUGAGAACGAGCCGUUACACAAAUAUGUUCGAGACGCAAUUUCCCGAAAUCAAUCCUGCCUUACCUUGCGGCCUUCUUCUGAAAGCAAACAGAGGAUCCAAGAAGAACUUAGAGCUUCUAAGGAAGCUGAACGUCAAGUCAGUCGCUAUAGAAUAAUCUCAAGUCACCGACCCAAUUCUGAAGAGGACAAUGUUGGUGCAAGCCAUCUGAUAGGCUGCAGCAGUCAAGAUGUGCCCAGUGAAACACAAGAUGAGGCAAAAGCAACAGAAGCCACAAAGAGUCAUAUUUCUAGUCCCUUCCAGCUCUUUGAUAUGGUACAAGAGGAACCAGAACAAAAAUAUUUAGAGAAAGAUUCUGAACCUGAAACCAUCCUGUGUAAUUCUAUCAAAAUGAUUCGAGAGCAUUUAACCGUAUCUGAGGCAGGACAGGAGUCAGAACAUCGUGAGUACGUGGAUGAAUAUGUAUACGACAUUUAUUACUCUGAGGCAUCGCAACAUGGCUGGAUCCAGGAUAUCCUCUAUGUCCAGCCUUACACCGAGGAACAGGAAUUGGUAUCUGAAGAGCCUGAACCUGAGGAAAUAUAUGAGGAUGAAGAUGAUGAAAACGAAGAGAACAACUGGAGAAAUGAUUAUCCUGAUGAAGAGGACAGUGACAGGGAGGAGCGAUAUAUAGGUUAUUAUGAAGACGGUGAUGAAGAAGAAAGAAGUGCAGGGCACGCCUGGAAAAUGUACCAUCGUAGUUCAUUACGGGAAAUUGGGGAUGAUGAUGAUGAUGAUGAUGAAAAUGCAGAUUUGUAUUAAAAAUCAAAAAAUAGAUCAUGCAGGAUCAGUGUGGUCUGGAGAAUUUGGGGUAUUUUUACAUUUCACUUCUAUGCACUUUAGAAUUUUUAGGCAUAAGUAUUUUCAUACAUGAUGGAACUCCUUUAUUAAUGGAGAAUACCUGUAUUUUUUUUCAAGUGGUGCCAAAACCUUAUGAUUUAUAUGCAUAAUAUUUUAAAGUUAAGCCAUUAUUAUAUUAAUAAAGAAUUGAAUUUGAUGCAUGAUACAGAUUUGUCCCACUCUGUGAUAUUCAUCUGUUAUAUAGGUAAGCAUUACAGGUAUGGGACCUGUUAUCCAGAAAGUUCGAGACCUGGGGUUUUCUGGAAAAGGGAUCUUUCCGUGAUUUGGAUCUUCAUACCUUAGCAACCAGAUAGCUGAAAUUGCAAACUGGAGAGCUGCUGAAUAAAAAGCUAAAUAACUCAAAAGCCACAAA